UUUAUCCGGUUUACCCCUCGGACUAUUUAUCUUUCGUACGUUCGGUUCCGUGAUUGUGCUAAAGGAUCGUAUACUUAAUUCUAGUGUUACAGAACUUUUUGUGCGUGUAAGUUAACUUUUAAAUACUCCAUGAAGUAUUCUACUCUUGAAUUUAAUUGUGUUGUGUUUAAUGUGUGGAUGUAAAUUUAAGGGUUACAAGUGACAAUGUGAGGAAACUGAUGUGAGCUGGAAUAGUGAAGAUGGAUUGCUCCGUGCGACCAAGCCCCACGAGACUUCUCUCUGUGUGGACACUACUCAUUGGCAGUUUCAAUAUAGCAGGACUCCGGCCGAGCCCAAGUGUAAUGGCGGAAUCUCUCGACGCAGUCAACUUGUCAGCGGUGUCGGGUGGUGACGCGACAUUACCGUGCGACACUCGCACGCUUUCACCGCCAGAUGCUGCUUUACUUGUUGUUUGGUACAAGGAUGAUGUACCUAUUUAUAGCUUCGAUGGCAGAGUGAAGGGACCUACAGCUCAUUGGGCAGACAGUUCCCUGGGGGGUCGAGCUCGAUGGCAUACCGCACCUCAUUCAGCCCUUCGCUUACGAGACGUGGUGCCAACUGACCGAGCCCUUUACCGGUGUCGAGUUGACUUCAAAGUGUCACCAACUAAAAACUACAAGUCUAUGCUACAUGUUAUCGAGCUCCCAGAAAAACCCAAGAUCUUCGAUGAGAGUAACAAAGAAAUAAUCGGCGUGGCAGGACCAUACAUAGAAGACACAGCACUAAAACUUACAUGUGUUGUAAGUGGAGGCAAACCAAUGCCACGACUGCGAUGGUGGAGAGACGACAAAGUAGUCAACAAACUGGACCCGGUGGAGGAUGGCUCCAGACUCAGCGUGUUGGAACUAAAGAUCCCUAUGUUGAACAGGGAAUUCUUCGAAGCUGUUUAUACAUGUACUGCUGACAAUACAGCGUUAGUUCCACCCCUACGAGUCAAUGUCCAAAUACAGCUCUACUUGCGACCGCUUCAAGUAGAGAUCUUAGCCAGAGAACAACCGCUGUCUGUCGGAAAUGAAGCUGAGCUAGCUUGCCGGGCUGUGGGUUCAAGGCCACCAGCUGUUAUAACCUGGUGGCUAAAUGAUAAACAAUUGAUUGUCACGGAAUCACAAAAGGAUUCUGAAGAUCGUAACGAAACAGUAUCAUUUCUGCGAUGGACACCCCGUAUGGAAGAUGAUGGGAGAACACUCAUGUGUCGAGCUUCACAUCCGAAGUUGGAGCAUUCAGUUCUGGAAACAAACAUUAAGCUAAAUUUACACUUUAUGCCAAUUAUAACACUCCAACUGGGGUCGAAGUUAAAUCCAAACGACAUAGAAGAAGGGGACGACGUGUACUUUGAGUGUGUGGUGCACGCUAAUCCGCCGGCUUAUAAAGUUGUUUGGGAACAUAACGAUCAAGUCAUGACCCACAAUCAACGAGCCGGUGUGAUUGCUGGUUCUGCACACCUGGCGCUGCAAGGAGUGUCCAAAGAUCAAGCUGGGAAAUACGUCUGCAUUGCAUCUAACGUAGAGGGUGAUGGCCGUUCACAGCCUGUGCAGCUUCAAGUCAUAUAUAAACCUGUAUGUAAGAACAGUUUGAGUGGAAUAGUAGGCGCAGCUAUAAAUGAGGCUGCCAAGGUUCUAUGUGAAGUUGAUGCAUUCCCUCCACCGAAGAAUUUCCAAUGGACCCUCAACAAUACUUUGGGAACUAUAGAAUUGGACAACAGUAAAUACACGAUUAGCAGUACUGGUCGCUCUAUUCUUACAUACACACCAACAUCGGAUACUGACUACGGUUCCCUAGCAUGCCGAGCGACUAACUUAGCUGGACAACAGAUAGAGGCGUGCCGUUAUACUCUAUUGCCGGCUGUCAAACCUGACCCGCCCACCAACUGCACAACUGUCAACUUGACAGAUGAUUCAGCUGAGUUACGAUGCUUUGCUGGUUACGAUGGUGGACUUCAAGCAAUCUACUUCGUUGAAGUAUGGGAAGCUGGACAACUUAUAGCAAACGUAUCUAAUAUCACCCCUAUCUGGAAGCUACAGGGUCUGGGAUCCGGGAAAGCAUUGAAGUUAGUUUUCUACGCAAGCAAUGCAAGAGGAAGAUCUGAACUUAACACUUUAAGAGUACACACUUUGUCAAGACUUGCAUUACACACAGAAGCAAAAAGUACGAAUGAAGAAUCAAGUUGGGCCAUCGGGAUCAUGGCUGGAUUGAUUGGAGCUGGAACAGGAACCUUAGCAGUGCUCGCUAUAAUCGCGUUACUAGCAAGAAAAAGACAUGCACCAUUACAAUAUGAAGCACCCGUGCAAACAGUGAAGGCGUACAAAGGUUCUGUGCAGAGCGCAAACCAAUCACCCAUACAGAGCGACGACAAGAAUCCGGAUGUAGUGCCGUUUGGAAAAGAAUAUAACUGCACGAGGGAUGUGGAGCGACCGCCAGAGCCUCCCCCUUACACGUCCGUCGUUUCUCCACCGGUGGGCUCGUCGAGGAGUGUUAGCAGCUUGCAUGAUACGAGGGCGAACACUCCUCAUACCCCUAACACACCAGCAUCUGAUGCUCAGAGUAUCGGCACGCUAGGAGAAGAUAAAAGAAGUGUAACAAGCGGGACAUUGUCACGGCGGAGAGAAGUGGUGACGACGAGAACUCCACUCUUAGCAAAUGCGCGUGAGAGUUGUGUCUAGACAAGAUAUUAUAUUUGUACACUUCUGUAUAUAUGUAAUUACAAUUAUAUCUAGAAUUAAUUUAAUCAGUAAUGUUUCUCGUCGUGUUACGAAAGGAAUUAUAAAAAUUUAUUAUUGAUAACAUAAUUUGUUAAAACAAAAAUUUAACUAGAUUAAUAUCUCAUCUAAAGGUCCUUUUAAUUUUUGAAAAUCGAUUUUAUAUUUAUUUUUAAUUAAAUUCCAAGUGAGGAUUACUCUACAGUAAAAAAACAAUGUAUAUUUCUGCAUAUUACACUAUAUAGAAAAUAAUUUUUAUAGAGUUU